ACGCGUCUCUCUCAGCGCGGCCGUUUCUCCCUUCGGAAGAGGCGUUAGGGAAGGUUCAGCUGACGGCUUGUAUGUAGUCAAGAUGGCGUCCGCGGAACAGGUCGGACUGAACAAAACUUGGGAAUUAUCGUUGUACGAGCUUCAUCGUACGCCUCAGGAUGCGAUCACGGACAACACGGAGAUCGCGGUCAGUCCGCGGAGCUUGCACAGCGAGCUGAUGUGCCCAAUUUGCCUGGACAUGCUCAAAAAGACGAUGACCACGAAAGAGUGUCUGCACCGUUUCUGUUCCGAUUGUAUCAUUACGGCGCUACGAAGCGGUAAUAAGGAAUGUCCCACGUGCAGAAAGAAGUUGGUUUCGAAAAGAUCUCUCAGGCCGGACCCCAAUUUUGACCUGCUGAUCUCAAAGAUAUACCCCAGCAGAGACGAAUACGAGGCACACCAAGAAAGAGUGCUGGCAAAACUGAACAAGUCCCAUUCGCAGGCUGCACUGGUGAAUUCUAUAACGGAAGGCAUUAAGCUGCAAAGUCAGAAUAGACCGCAGCGGUCCAGGAAAAACGCAAACGAGUCUGAGAACGCCAGUAACGCGACCUCGUACAACAAUUCACAGAACGCCAGUGCGCCUGCGACGCCGAACGCAGCAAACUCUGCUAAUCAAAGCGACUCCUCGCAGAGCGCCACCGGGCCUCUGAACAAUAGUAGCGGGGGUAAUUCUCAAAAUUCGAAUAGCGUCUCCCAACCUGCGAGUAGCCCUGCUGUUUCCGGUAACAUCGCCAGCGAGAGAUCGAGCCAACCCGAUUGGCCUGACAAAAACGAAACUGAUCGUUUGUAUGCUUCAGGCACGACGUCCAGAAACUCGACUACGCCGUCGCCCAACCCGGCGAAUCAGAUACCCAAACCUCCCAAGCGGCAGAAAAGCUUGCAGAACUCAGAGAACGAUUCUUCUAGCGCGGAAGCGGAGACCGGAGGCGGUGACUCGAUGGUAGACACAGAGGGAGAGGGACCCAGCGAACCCUUGAUGCUGAACGAGAUCGAAUUAGUCUUCAAGCCCCACCCGACGGAGAUGGCAGGCGACAAUUCCUUGAUAAAGGCUUUGAAAGAGAAUAGCAUUCGGUAUAUCAAAACCACAGCGAACGCGACAGUGGAUCACCUAAGCAAGUACCUGGCAAUGAGACUGACACUGGAUCUGGACACAGAGUUGUCCGAAUCGGAUAGGCUAUUAAAUUUCUGUAUCUAUAUAGCGCCGUCCUCGGGUCAGCUGGUAGUGUUGAGCGGCUCGCAAACGUUACGACAGGUGAACGACAAAUUCUGGCGAGUCAACCGACCACUGGAGAUGUACUACUCGUGGAAGAAGACCUAGGGAAGGCCUCGAAAGUAUCAGUCCGACGGGAGUUAGUCGCGUCGAGCUCCAGAAAUCGCAACAACCAUUCGUACUAUGCGCGGAGUACAGAGGGCGAACGAACGCGUUAUAUCAUAAAAGGAUAUAUACACACAUAUAUAUCUACAUAUAUAUAUAUAUUUUACUGUACUUCUAUAGCCUUGAUUAGGUACAAGGAACGGGUAUAUGGUACAAGGAAGCGAAUUCCUCGUAACGAACGACAGAUGGUGCAAUUUUUAUCUUCUUGGGACUGGUUGCUGGCAUUAAAUCCCCACGUUUUCACGGAACAAUAGAACCGGGUGAAAAGAAGCUUUGUCGUUUACCUCGGUAAACGCGCAACAAGAGAGAGAGAGAGAGAGACAGAGAAAGAAAGAAAGAGUUUGACGCGUCUAUCGAAUGAUAAAGUCGAAACUGCCAUUCACACACCAGACAUUGCAUUGCGAAUGAAUCCCACAGUGCGCACGUUUCAUUCAGGAGAGGAUUUACGUAUCGCCGAGAGCUCCAGUGACUCGAUCGCGUGUAGUAUUUAUCCGGCAAUGGCCCUCUUCCGACACAGGUAUAAGUUUAUCCGGUGCGCCCAAGUUACACGUAAUACUUCCACCGAACCGAUGGCCUCGAUGGUUGAAACUAACUCGUUUAAGUAAGCUCCGACUCGCUGUGGACCAUUCUGUAUAGUUUCACGAAGAAAUAAAUCAAUGUAUAUAACGAGA